AUUGUCUGGCUGGCAAAACCAAAAAUGUGAAUGUGGACGAAUUAGCAGCAAGAACUGGUGACCAGAGGGACAACGAUUCAUUUGUCACAACGAGGACUCCAAAAGAAGCCAUAAUGGUGCUGAUAGAUACAAGCUCAUCCAUGGAAGAAAAAUGCUAUGGAAGUGUGGAAAUACAGAAAAUUGAUGCUGUUAAACAGCUUUUUGACAACUUUGCAACACGCACCAUGGCUUACGAUUUUCAUCAUGUCAUUGGCCUUGCGAAGUUUGACUCUACAGUGGAAACUCUCCACACAUUCACAGAAACACUGGAAAAGUUCAAGGAACACGUGCACACCCUUCAGGCAAAUGGAAGAACUAAGCUGUAUGAUGCCCUACAGCAUGGAAUGCUUGAGUUGGAAAAAGUCAAGAAGUUUCCAGACUGUAAACGUCGCAUCCUUUGUCUCACUGAUGGAUACGAUGUUGGAUCCUCAAACAAGCCAGAUGUUGUUACUGCCAACCUGAUAAAAUCUAACAUCAUCGUGGAUUCAAUUAUUCUUGGAACAGUGGCGGACAAUCCUCUGCAGAAUCUGCGCAGGGCACUUUCAGGCAAUAUGUCUUGUACUCUGCGCGGAAUCAGCAAUGCAACAGGGGGUUGCUGUUUCAAGCCAGAGACAAGCAAAGAUGGUCUGAAGCUUUUUGAGAUAGAGACGGUUCUCUCUUUGGAGAUGAGGAAACCCAAGAACAAAGCCGACCCAUCAUGCAUCAGUACAGGUUUCUUAACAGCGAUCUCUGCUGCCAAUGAGUAUGAUGAGUCUCCAGAGACUGCUUUGCCAAGCCAGAUAAACAGUAAAGUGACACUGACAGAGAGUGCUCUGAAAAAGAAGAUCCAGGAUGCCAAAGUUGGGCAAUUGAUGGAAAAGGACAAACGUAUCCUGGAGGAACUGAGGAGCCUGCAUCGUGACCCACAUCCCUACUUUAGUAUAUUUCCAUCAGAGUCUGACUUCACAUUCUGGAAAAUUAUCAUGGAGGGACCUCCUGACACACCUUAUGAGAAAGGAGUCUUUGAGUUGUUCUGCCAGUUUGGUGCUGACUACCCAGUGAAGCCUCCACUUGUUCGCUUUGUCACACGCGUGUAUCACUGUAAUAUUAACAGUGUGGGGCGCAUCUGCCACAACAUAUUUGACCGGAACUACAAUGCCCAAAUCACCAUGAGAGAUAUCCUCAAUGCUGUGUAUGGACUGCUCAUCAUUCCUGAGCCUGAAGAUCCAUUGGACAG